AUGGCUUAUCUCUCAGUUCUCUAUUUAAAGUUACGUUUACUUUUGUUUCUGAAUUACAGUCUUUUGAUACCUUAUCAUGACUCUCCGACAGGCGGUACUAUUUGUUUUAAAAUCCUCCUCUCCACAUUUCCCGAAUUUUCCCAGGAAACUUCAGCUUUCUUGAACACGAUGAUCAACUGGAAGGAGACCCCAGCAGCCCAUGUGUUCAAGGCAUACCUUCCGGGGCUGAAGAAAGAAGAGGUGAAGGUGGAGCUCGAGGACGGCAUGGUGCUUCAGAUCAAUGGAGAGAGAAAUGUAGAGAUGGUGGACAAGAACGACAAAUGGCACAGAGUGGAGCACAGCAGCGGCAAGUUCUUGAGGAGGUUUCAGCUUCCAGAGAAUGCAAGGGUAGACGAGAUUAAGGCUGCAAUGGAGAAUGGGGUUCUGAGUGUCACUGUUCCCAAGGCAGGGCCAAAGCCAUUGAAAUCUCUGAUUUUGGAGUGUCAGUUGUCAUCAAAAACCACAGGGACACGCAUGCCCCAACAGGGUCAAAGCUUUCUGAUUAAUGCAAUCAAUAAUAAGUUUAGAAUUUCCUUCAACAAGAACUUUGCGCCAUCCUCUAUGAGUUCCAUAAGCAAGGCCAUCCCGUAA